UUUGAAUCGAGCACGCAUGGCACAGCUCCAGCGCGAUCUCGAAGCGUUGGGCUGCCCGCCCGAGAUCCUCUCGGCGUCGCCGCUGCAACUGCAUAGCUCCAAGCGCGAGCUGCUGCAUUGGCUGCACGCCCAAGCUCGCGGCUACCUCCACCAAGCGCUCGGGCCAACGUCCGGCAGCGAAGCCGACGUGCACUUGACGCGAUGGCUUCUGCAGACGGGCAUCGAGUCGCAAGACGUGUGCGCGCGCCUCAUCGAUGGGACGCUCGGCGUCGACCGCACGAACCGCUACCUCCGGCAGGUGGUCGAUCAGUUGCUCGGCUUUGACGCACUCGCCACGCACGGCGCCGACGCCUGUGUGGCCAAGGCCAACGCACUUUUGAACGUCGUCUGCGCCAACGAGGCCCUCUUCUUGGAGACAAAGACGACGGGUCUCUUUCCGCCAAGCUUCCAUGCGUACUUGGGGCAGCCAGCACCGUCCGUAGCUGACGAGCAUCGCCGGAUCGCAGCGGAGCUGGAUGCAGCCAUGCGCGAAUGCGACCGACUGCGGCGCCAGUACCCCACCUUUGACAAGGAUACCAUCGUACAGGCGCCACCGACCCUCGGCGCUCUCGUGUCGGCGCUGCAGCUGCAGCUGCAAGCGUUUGCGCUCAAGUACCGACAAGAAGUGCAAGUGUGGCUUUGCGCGCCAAGUAGCGAUGACCAGAUCGCCGCGUCUGGUAUGGGCAGCCUCGUCACAUCCCAGACCAAGCCCGCACUGGAUCAGUAUGUUGCUUUUAUCGAGCAGCUCCAGUCGGUUUUGGCCGCCGCAGACAUGGCGUCCCCGCGCGCGACCAGUUGCAAUCUCGGUACCAACGACAUCGCCAACCAAGUGGCCGCGCUUCUUGACGAGAUGCAUGUGCUGGAGGCGGCGCUCGCAGGGUCCUAGUUGGCGCUAAUAUACAGAACACUCGUUUUCGUGUCAAGCA